AUGGGGCAAUUACAUAAGCUGGAUAACAGGAUACAGAUAAUGUUGAAGAAUGGUAUUAUUCAGAGACAUAGGUCAAUGUUUGUCAUGGUUGGAAACAAAGGUCAAGACCAGGUUCCAAUCAUGCACCAAAUUCUCAAUACACUGUUCAAUAAAGGACGGCUGAGUUUAUUAUGGUGCUACAAAAAAGAAUUAAGCUUCAGCACUCAUCGAAAGAAAAAUCUCAAACUGUUAAAUAAAAGACGCAAGGCAGGUUUGACUUCCGAUGCCACCAUUUUUGAGCAGUUUAUCUGCUCUACUGAUAUACGUUGGUGUUAUUACGAUGAAUCCCAGAAAAUCCUUGGACAAACGUUUGAUAUGUGCGUACUGCAGGACUUCGAGGCUCUCACACCGAACAUAUUGGCGCGAACCAUUGAGACAGUAUCUGGUGGAGGUCUAGUAGUACUCCUACUAAAAUCUAUGACUUCACUAAAUCAGUUGUGUACAAUGGUCAUGGAUGUUCAUUCGCGUUACCGAACAGAGGCUCAACAUAAUGUUGUUGGUCGUUUUAACGAAAGGUUUUUACUGUCUUUGGCUAGCAAUCCGCGGUGUCUUGUAUUGGAUGACCGCUGGAAUGUACUACCCUUGUCUAAGAAAGUACUUAAUUUGCUCAAACCAUUGCCGACUGAAAUUCAAGAAUCUGUUUCAUUAGAACAAAAAGAGUUGCUCAAGCUUAAGGUCUCCUUAACUGAAGAUGGGUCUCCAUUUGCUCCACUAAUCAAGUUGUGUGUAACAUUCGACCAGGCUAAAAGCCUUGUCCAAUUUUGUGCUUCUCUGGCCUCAACUUCACAGUUACCAAAUAAAAGCGGUCAAACUACGAAAUCUCCGAGUGCCACUCAUUCUCUUCUUAUGUCAAUCGGAACUGAGAAAAAACAAGUGAGUUCUUCAGCAAUUGUCGUCGUUACAUCUGGUAGAGGUCGAGGAAAGUCUGCCGCUCUGGGGUUGGGUUUAGCUGCUGCUUUUGAAACUGGCAUGCCUAACUUAUACGUUACUGCCCCAAGUCCAGAGAAUCUGAGCACACUUAUGCAGUUUGUUAUAAAUGGUCUAGUUGCCUUUCAAUAUGAAGAACAUCAGGAUUAUACCGUCAGUCGUUCGUUGAAUCCAGAAUACAAUCAAGCCAUUGUAAGAAUUGACGUUUAUCGACAAAACCACAGACAAUCUCUUAUAUAUUUACCCCCAUGGGAACUGGCUGCCCUUUCAACAGUUAAACAAGCUGAUCUCGUAUGUAUAGAUGAGGCUGCUGCUAUUCCUUUACCUCUUGUUCAGUCAAUUAUCAAUGGUCCAAGAUUCGUGUUCAUGGCAUCUACUAUAAAUGGUUAUGAAGGCACUGGCAGGUCUUUGUCGUAUAAAUUACUUCGUCAACUUAGGGGCCAAUGCACUUUGUCAGAAACUACAGUGCAAUUGUCAGUUGGUAAUGAAAAAAAUCAGUCCCUUCAGUCAAAAGACCAACAACAGAAGUUAUUGGGAAGAGGCUUCCAAUCAGUGAAUACUUCGCGUGUUCUUUAUGAAGUAAAUCUUAAAGAAGCUAUUCGUUUCGCAAAUGGGGAUCCAAUUGAGACAUGGUUAUUCGAUCUAUUAUGUUUGGAUUGUGGUGAAUCUCUAACUGAUAACAAACGGACCAACGAGACUGAUAUCUACCUUCCACCUGUUGAUUUGUGUCAAUUGUACUAUGUCAAUAGGGAUACUUUGUUUGCCUACCACAAAUCAACAGAAGUAUUUUUACAUCGGCUUAUGGCCCUUUACGUUUCUUCUCAUUAUAAGAAUUCUCCCAAUGACUUGCAGCUACUUUCAGAUGCACCUGCACAUCAUAUUUUCUGUCUUUUGGCUCCUUACGAUCCCAAAUCUGGGUGUGUACCUGAAAUACUCUGUGUCCUUCAAGUUGCUCUAGAAGGCAAAAUAAACAAGGAUAGGAUCAUGCAUAAUCUUUCGCGUGGUUUACGACCAUCUGGUGACCUUAUCCCGUGGACACUGAGUCAACAGUUUUGUGAUAACGAUUUCGGAGAAUUAUCAGGUGCCCGGAUUGUCCGAAUUGCUACUCAUCCCGACUAUCAAGGUCUUGGCUAUGGAACCAGAGCUCUCAAGCUACUUUAUGAAUAUUACAGUAACCAGAUGGAAUUUAAAGCACCAGUAGAAAACUCCAGCGAUGAUCAUAAACAAGUAGAUCACAAUAAUUCUGAAGAAGAAACUGAAAAUGUCCGAAAACAUCCUUCGAAAUUGAAGUCAGUUCAUUCCACCAUUCCCACUAAUUUAGAGGAAACAAACAACGAUGAUCAAAAUGAUUCGGAUGACAGUUCAGAAUCAAAUGAUAUAAGUCUUUGCGAGAAGAAAGAGUCGAAUCUCCUCACGGAAACAAUUAAACAACGUGAACCUUCGAGUCUUCCACCACUUCUUAGUCGCCUAAAUGAACGCCUUUGUGAAAAACUUGACUAUGUUGGUGUUUCAUUCGGUGCUACACCUAAUUUACUUAGAUUUUGGAAACGUUCAGGUUAUGUACCGGUAUAUCUUCGUCAAAACGUGAAUGAAUUGACAGGGGAGUACACAUGCAUUAUGUUGAAACCAAUAAAAAAUGAGUCCGCCACGUAUGGGUCAACAGAAUGGUUCCAGAAUUACUUUGAUGAUUUCACCAAACGUUUAAUAUACCUGUUUCCUGGACCAUUCCGACAUAUGGAUGGAAUGUAUGGCCUUGAACUACUUAGUCAUAAAUCACUGGAUGGUCGUUUAUCACAAGAGCUUACACAAUCAGAAAUAAAAGCUUUAUUCACGGAAGUGGAUCUAGAAAGAUUAAGACGAUAUAGUAGAUCGCUGAUAGACUUUCAUUUGAUCAACGAUUUAUUACCACGAUUGGCUGAAAUUUAUUUCCGAAGGCGCUUGCCAAAUGCUCGAUUGAACAAAACUCAACAGGUUAUUCUAUUAGGUAUGGGUUUACAACACAAAACAGUCGAUAGAUUAUCCAGUGAAUUUGAUCGUCUACUCGGGGAAGCUAGUUGCCGUCAAGUACGAGUUUCUGGAAUAACACGACCUGAUGACGCUGUGUAUUCAGUUUUGAACUCAUUAGAGGAUAAAGGGGAUAAAUCUUCGUGUAAAGUUAGCAGUGAUUCUUUUGCGAACAGAAAAAAAGGUCCAGAUACUGGAGUUUCUACUGGUUGGACUAAACGCAUCCUAGGUCUUCUUUUUGUUAUUGUCCGUGAACUAACUAAGUCAUUGGAUUCUAUACUAGGAUCUAAGGGUGACAAUAUCUCACAAUCAAAGAGAAAUAUUCUCAGUGAAAAUGUACUACCAGUUACAGAGGCCGAUCUUCAAGAUGGAAAAUAUGCUGAACUUAGAAUAGAUGAUGAUGCAUCAGAUUCAGAAGAAUCCGAAAAAUGUAAUGGCUCGCAGUCUGAUGAUUGCAGUGAUGAUGAGUGUGACAGUGGUGAUGAUUCUAUGAUCAAAGAACAAGACUUUUCUUCUAAUAAUUUGGGAGUGAAGUCUGAAAUUAGUGACUCUGAACGUGAACGUCGAUCCAAUCUGGUGCGCCAACUUAUAUCUGAAGAGAUUGUUGGUCAACCCAGUUCACUUGGACAUCUUUCAACUUAUAAAAUUCAUGGUUCUGAAACAGAUUGGGCUGAAGCAGUGGUUGGUCAUGGGUCUGACCUUUCUUCUCUCACUGUUAAACUUCCAAAUAACCAGAAAACUUUCAAUAAAAAGAAACGUAAUCGGGAUGAUACAGAUGAUCAUUUUGAAAAGAAACACAAAAAGAAACUUAAACUGACUAAAGCCAAGCGCCAAAAGAAAUGA